UCACGCAUACUCGCGCCUUUUCUAAAUGUGACCUGGAAGUAAAUCGGCUCAGAAGCGACGUAAUAAUCCGAGGAUUCGCAAGCAAGUACUGAUAUAACAGACGUAUUCCCGUUCAAACCAGAAUGGCCCCAACUGACAGUAUCGCCGGCCUGUCUGAUCGAGAACUUGGUGAAAGGCUUCGAGAAUAUGGCAUUAAAGUGGGCCCCAUUGUCAAAUCUACUCGAGGUCUCUAUGAGAAAAAGCUUCGUAACUUUGAGCUGGGCCAAGUGAGUAAGCCGAAAUACGAGGAAGUUCCUGAUGAUGAUGAUGAUGAUGAAGACGAAGAUGAAGAAGAGGAGGAAGUGGAAAAGUAUGAAGAAAAACCAGCCCCAGUGAGUAGAUCAACAAGAAAUGAACCACGGCGGAGACUGCCUGCUAUGCCGGCUAUGCCGGCUACGCCACCAAGGGGAAAACCUGUACACUUCGAGGAGCCAGUUACUACUGCAGCCUCACGUCAAACUCGUGCUGCACCGCCACCGACAACAAAACCAAAGUCCAAGGGGUUCCCAAGGUGGAUAAUUGUGUUGGUUGUCUUGAUUCUGGUUGCUGUUGGAUACCUGGUUCUUCAGAACAUGGAAUCAGCCGGAGAAAAUAAUAUUCCAAACCAGAUAGAUGCAGAAACUGUGUAGUCUGCCUGAGAUGGCCAUCUUGGCACAGCAAUCACCUUCUCACUCAAUGUCAAUGUCGUGACCUUGACCUCACAAGUGAUCCACAGCUGUACAAACAUGUCUGACUGGUUAAAAGUGGAAACUAAAUUUGUUAUGUCCAAAGAAGAUGGUUUUCUUGAAAAAUGUGUUUGUAAGAUGUUUACUCCUUCACCGAGGCUGUUGUGAACAGGAAGUAUAUUAAAAAAGAAAAACAUCUUAUGCAUGUCAGUUUUGAUGAAUAUUGUGUAGGUCACUUUAUUAUGGUGUUGGUAAAAAUCUACGGUUAAAAAAACAUGAUGCAUUACGUUUUAUCGCAGCAUAUUUGCUUGUACAAGCUAAUCCAAUAUUUAUUGCACAUUUUCUGACCAAUGCACCUUGUGUACACUGUUCUUCAGUGCUAUGUUAUGUUGCUUGAACAAUAAUCGUAAGUACUGAUGCUUUCAUGGCAGAUACUUGAAUGAAACAUUUUUGAGGAUCGGGGGGGGGCAUCAAGACAGACCAAUAGAGCAAUGCUUUGAGAAUUUGCAAAUAGUAAUACUAUACACGUCGCCUACCCAGUGUAUAAUUCAUGUUAUAUUUCUCUGUUGAUUCGGGGGAGAAAUAUCUACAUGUUCUUGUUAACAAGACUUGGUAAGAACUUGGGCUGGUGUAAUGAUACCAUGAUAACAAAACAAACUUGAAAAUUCAGUGGCAUGACGGUAAAAGAAUCAAUGUAAAUUAGUUUGUGAGAGUUAACAGGCUGGUUUCAAGCAAUGAACAAACUGGAGAGGGUCGUCUGGCCAUACACAAACUGGAGAGGGUCGUCAGAAAUGGCCCAAAUUUUGUGUGAUAUGUGUCAGUUUGGGAGGAGGCCAUAUUGUGACACCAAGUGACGUUGCUUCUCGAAUAUGCCCGAAGUUUAUCAUGUUUAUUGUGUACAUGUAUACAACACAAUAAAGACUACAGUUUA